AUGCCAGCUCCAUUCGAAAAAGGUUCUGAAAAAAAAGGUGCCAACUUAUUUAAAACCAGAUGUUUACAAUGUCACACUGUUGAAAAAGGUGGUGCUCAUAAAGUUGGUCCAAAUUUGAAUGGUGUUUUCGGAAGAAAAUCCGGUCAAGCUGCUGGUUUCUCUUAUACCGAUGCCAACAAGAAAAAGGGUGUUGAAUGGUCUGAACAAACCAUGUCUGAUUACUUGGAAAACCCAAAGAAAUACAUUCCUGGUACCAAGAUGGCUUUUGGUGGUUUGAAAAAACCAAAGGAUAGAAAUGAUUUGAUUACUUAUUUGGCUAAAGCUACUAAAUAA